GCUGCCGGCGGAGCGGGCCCGGGCGGCACGGCACGGCACGGCACGGCACGGCACGGCACGGCACGGCACGGCACGGCACGGCACGGCCAGGCCAUGGGGAAGGUGCAGCUCUUCGAGAUCCGCCUGGGUGACAGCCGCGUCGUCUACAGCCCCGGCGAGCCGCUGGCCGGCACCGUCACCGUGCGCCUCUCGGGAUCGCUGCAGUACCGAGCCAUCAAGGUGAGCUGUGUUGGAUCUGGUGGGGUGUCCAACAAGAUCAACGACACAGCAUGGACUGUGGAGGAGCAGUACUUUAACAGCACACUGUCUCUGGCAGACAAAGGGGUCCUGACGGCUGGAGAGCACAACUUUCCCUUCCAGUUCCUGCUGCCAGCCUCUGCUCCUACAUCAUUUGAAGGUCCUUUUGGCAAGGUCCUCCACCAGGUGAAGGCUGUGAUAGACACACCUCGCUUCUCCAAGGACUACAAGUGCAACAAGAUCUUCUACGUUCUCUGCCCUCUCAACUUGAAUGACAUCCCUGACAUUGAGCAGCCCAACACCAUGUCAAUCACCAAGAAGUUCAACUACAAGCUUGUGAAAAGCGGCAGCGUUGUCCUGACGGCCACGUCGGAUGUGAAGGGCUACACCGUGGGACAGGUGAUCCAGCUGCGCACCGCCGUGGAGAACAAGUCUGGCCGGGACACGGGGCCUGUGGUGGCCAGUCUGCUCCAGAAAGUGGCUUAUAAGUCCAAGCGCUGGAUUUACGACCUGAGGACCAUUGCAGAGGUGGAAGGCUCCGGGGUAAAGGCCUGGAAACACGCUGAGUGGAAGGAGCAGAUCCUCGUGCCUGCACUGCCCCAGUCCAUUCUGCAGGGCUGCAGCCUCAUACACAUCGACUACUACAUCCAGGUUUCUCUCAAGUCACCAGAGGUUUCAGUCACUCUCCCCAUUUAUAUUGGCAACAUUGCUGUGAACAGGGUGCCCCUGAGCCCGUCCCGCUCCGUGCAGCACAUCCCGUCUGCCGUGGUGCCCAGCGCCCCCCCGGAGGAAGAGGAGGCUGCCAGCGGUUAUCACCCCAUGGACAAUGUCUCCAUCCCCACCAAAAGCCAUUCCCAGCAGCAGCCCUUCAGCUAUGCCCCAGGACUGAGCUUCCAGGAGAUCAGGGUGGACUCAGAGCAGACGGGCUCCCCAAACCAUCCCACGCUCUGCCUGUCCACGGGAGCCACCGUCCCCUACUACGCCGAGGGCACCGUGGUGCCCGUGCCCACAGCCAGCUCCCUCAUCCUGCCUCCCGAGUACAGCACCUGGGGAUACCCCUAUGAGGCUCCUCCAUCCUAUGAGCAGAGCUGCAGCAGUGCCAACUCCAGCAUCAGCAAUGGCAACUAGUCCCCCCUGCUCCGAGCCCCCUGGCACUGCCCCUGGCGCCGUGGGUCACCUGCCACCUGCACACUGGUACAGCACAAGGCAUCUCUUGAUCUCUCUGGCUGCUUGGUGGGGGAAAUGGCACAUCCCAGCCUGGGCUUUUGAAGUCUCUUUCUAGGGAGGUGAUGGGGGGGAAGGAGGAAACCAAAAGAGGGCAGCCAGAGCAGCCUGUGUGGGUGUGUAGGAGAGAUGUGGGAAACCAAACCAUCUCCUGCUGCUGCACCAAGUGCUGGAGAGCUGGUGUUGCCCCAGGGAUGCCCUGUGCAGCAGCCUGAGCUGGUGUUGCCCAAAGGAUGCCCUGUGCAGCAGCCUGAGCUGCUGUUGCCCCAGGGCUGCCCUGUGCAGCAGCCUGAGCUGGUGUUGCCCAAAGGAUGCCCCAGAGAUGCCCUGUGCAGCAGCCUGAGCUGGUGUUGCCCCAGGGAUGCCCCAGGGAUGCCCUGUGCAGCAGCCUGAGCUGGUGUUGCCCCAGGGAUGCCCUAUGCAGCAGCCUGAGCUGGUGUUGCCCCAGGGCUGCCCUGUGCAGCAGCCUGAGCUGGUGUUGCCCCAGGGCUGCCCUGUGCAGCAGCCUCCCAUCCAAGUACUGUAGUCAACACUAACUGCUUUACUAUCAAAGUACCUGCGAUGCCUUACCUGAAGUGCUCCUGACUUGGCAUGUCUCCACUGUAGGCAAAGGCUGGGCUGUGUGGACUUUCUCUUCUCUCUUAGGGGCCACGUGCUCUCCAAAAAUGGUUUUGGCAGCCCUUUCUCCUUGUCCUGUAGGUCCUAAGGGCAGCUGAAACAGGAGGUUUCUUGGAGUAAGCGUGUUUGGAAGGUCAGGGUCUCUUGAAAAGCCAAAAGCACAAGCCCUCACUGUAGCUGUGCUGUGGGGUGAGUGACCAGCAGCCUUUGGCCCUGGCACUGGGCUGCAGCACUGCCUGUGAGCUGGGAGGAGAGCAGGCCCUGGCUCAGGGAGAUCACAGCUCAGGAGGCCCUGGGGAGGUGUGGAGGGAGAGCCUGGUGUCACUGUGGUCUUUCUCAGCAAAGGAGCUUCUCUCUGCAAAGCCCUGUGGGACAUACUCCUUCCUCCCUGGCUGCUCCACCACAGCAUGAGCAGCCUGAGACAGGCCCCAGUGCCCUGUGUGCCCCCUCUGCCUUCCCGCACAGGGUGCCCCCUCCAUCCUGGCUGCCUUCUGUGGGCCACAGUUCCAUGACAAUCAAGUUACAAAAGUCUGUCCAAUGCUACCUCUGAGUCUGCCCAACGGCCCUGUGUGUGGCAGCCCUUCCCUCAGGGCUCAGCCCUGUGUGUGGCAGUGGUGUGUGCUCCCAGGCAGUGUGGGAGGGUGCCUGGCCCAGGGGCUGCUCAGCCUGGGGAGUGCCUGACCUGGCAGAUACUCAGCUCAGGAGGUUCUCAGCCUGGGGGCUGCCUGGCCUGGAGAUGCUGGACCCAGGGGAUACUCAGCCCAGGGAUGCUGGGCCUGGGGGCUGCUCUCCCCAUGAGCCACUGCUGCUCUCCUGAGCUGCCUCUCGAGCCACAGCAGGAUGCAGAAGUGAGUAAGUGAACACAAAGUGCUGCUGCUCAUUCCCAGCCUUUGCUGGUCCUGGUGGGUUGGGGGAAGGAGCUGCUGGAUGUCAACCAACAUCUUUCCUUUGUGCUUCCCCUUCACCUCUGCUCCUUGUUCAGCUUCUUUAGUAUUGACUGCUCAAGCUGAGGAAAGCCCAAAGCUGGUAGUGAAGAGCCACAGGAAUCCAGCUACAGCUGAAACUGUGGCCUGCAGACCUGUGGGCACUGUCCCCUGUGGGCACUGUCCCCUGUGGGCACUGUCCCUUGUGGGCACUGCCCCCAGGCUGCCUCACACUGAGCAGGGCAAUACCCACCCAAGCCCUCUGCCUCUGCCUCCCCAUCCCAGCCCUGGGCUGCACACCCCUGGCAGGCAGCUGGGCACAAGCCCUGCUUUGCACCCUUUCUUUGCAAAGGCUUUUGGUUUGAUUUGGGUUUGAUUUGGGGCUUUUGGUGAGUGUUGAGCUGCUUCAAGGGUAGUGUAGAGCAAGGUGCCGUGCUGGGCAGCGCUGGCACCACCCUCUCCCGUGCCCAUGGAACCAUUGUCAUUGCCCCAGAGUAUCUGUCUAUAUAUAUAUAUAUAUGAGAUGAAGUUUUGUUUUUAAUGAUUGAAUUCAUAAAGACACAUUUUAAUGCUGUAUUUAAUAAAUUAUUCUAAGAGAACUGCUGUGCUGCUUCAUCCAUUGCCAGUGGCUGCUCCAUGUGCCUCUCCAUGCCCAGGGACCCACCUCGCUGCUUCCUCACAAAGCAAAGCAGGUUUCACUGCCCCCAGGAAGGAUGGUGACUUCUGCCAAGGCAGCUCAGGGGGAAGGAGCACAGUGCAGCCUGACCAUGGUGCAGAUAGCUGGAGGGAGUUUGGUGCUGUGUGAGCUCAGCUCUGGAGGGAGCAGCCACUUCCCCAGCCUGGUGAAGCAGCAGGAGCCCGUGCUUUGGCCCAGGGCUUUUGGGCAGUGCUCUGCCCUGACUGGAGAGGUGGGCUGGAGAGUGGACUCUGCCUUCAGGAGGAUGGAGGUGCAACAGCCAAGGUCUGGCUGGAAGGGCUGGAGAGGCCUGUGCCCUCUCCUAAAGAACUGGAAGGAGGCUCCUCCCCACACCCACAGUUUGGUGCUGCUGUGGCUGAAGCUCGGAGGUGUCCCCUACAUGUCAUCACUCCAGGUAGCCUGAGGUGUGAUCUGUGUCUCAGACACAAGAGUCAUUCACUCUCUGCUCAGCCUAUGCCUCUGCCUAGCUUUCAUGAUCUAACUCUCCAUUGUGUGGUGGUGUCUGCCUGCAUGAAGGGCUUUCCUGACACACACAGCUCAGCCAGGUGCUUGUUCAUUUCUAACACCACAGCUCUUCCCCACUCCUCCUCCUCUCCCUCCUGCUUGCUUGGAUCUGUCUUUCCUUGCUCACCCUGUAGUUCCUGUGCCCUGUCCCUGCUGUCAGCAGUAGGUGUCUCUUCUUCCAGGCCUCAGCCCAAAUCCUUUCCACACCUCUGGAAUAACCCCAGUGCUUCUGGAUGUGCUGGGUUGGGCUACAGGCUCCUGCCCCUGCAGGGUCAGGGAGAGGCAGCCUGGCCUGGGACUGGGUUCCUGGCUCUUUGUUCUCCAUCCCCCAAGCUGAGCUGCUGGGGAAGUGUCCAGUUCAUGUUUCUUGGCUGGAAAACUCAAACUCAAACUGUAUUUGCUGCAGUCUGGUCCUUCAGCACUUCUUGCCAUACUUGGAGCCCCCAUUGCAAAGCAAAGGAGCAAGUGGGCAAACUGCACUGAGGAGGAAUGUCCAUCCCCACGGGUUGCUGGGGAGGGAGCAAGAAGGAGCCAGACCUCAGGGUGGUCCUUGUUCCUUUGGAUGCCUGGGCUGGCAUCCAGCCUCUCCCAGCCCUGUGAGGUGACUGUGGCCAGGGUGCAGCAGGGAGUCACCCUGAGUGUGUCUCUGAGCCCCUUCUCUGUUGUGCAGGAGGGCAGAAAUAGCUGGUGAAGGGCUGCUGCCCCUCAGCCCUGCCUGAGCCCCACGGUGCUGGGCAAUCAAAGCCUGACACAAAGAGCUUGGUUUGUGUUUCACAGACCCCUUUGGAAUGGCCCAGGGCUACAGGACAGACAACUCAGUCCAGCUCUUCUUAAACCUCCCCCAGUUGUGGCCUCAGGGUGCUCUGGUGAGUGUGCUGGUGAGGACACACCUCCAACACUGUGUCAGUGCUGGGCCCCUCACUCACUGCCACAGGGACACUGAGGGGCUGCAGCCUGGCCAGA